CUGUACAGUGACUAGACUCCAUCAGCAACUGCUUCUUGUAUUCCGUGACCGAACCAGAACCCUUCAUUGAUAUUGAUUCUUGUCAUCAUAGACAGAUGGUCAUCGCCAUGACAGAAUGAUGGUCUUGAUGUCGAAGCCAUUAUACCAUUUGAGUGCGCAUCAAUAGAACAUCAUGUUUCAACGUUUCAAGAACGCGAUUGAUGCUCGAAUCGCCGAAGAGCAAUCUCGCCAAUCCCCUCCACCGACCGCGUCACCCUCCAGACAUCCUUCGUCUCGCAGAAGGGCAAACUCACGAAAUCAAUCUCCUUCGACCCAACCCGGGAAGUCCGGCGAUGGAUCGGAUAAGCCACCGACUCGCGGUCCGGACCCGUCAAGCUUCGUCAUUGGGGACGAGGAGACGAUGAGCCUAGCGGAGACUCUGGUACCCAGCGAGACGGGCGGAGAGGACGCUACAAAAUCAAAAGAGUCAGACGCGCCGAAGGCUGAGGUUGUAGACAAAGAUGGAGGAAGUGAAAAGGGCGAGGAGGAAGCGAAGCCCGCUCCUAUUGAGCUGCCCGCGGAGGUCCGGGUGAAGCUUCGGAGGCUGGAGAAAUAUGAAUCGAAAUAUUCUGAACUCCUCCGCUCCUAUCGCAUCGCGCAUGCAAGAGUUUCGGCUAUCGAGCCUUUCGAAGCCUGUCUUCGCGAGAAUACACCACUUACAUCCAUCAAUGACCCAGGCGCAUUGGUCGAAUAUCUUAACCAAGUCAAUAUGAAAGGCGAUCUGAUUAUGGAGGAGUUGAAGCGCGUUUCGGGAGAGAACGAAUCGCUCAAGCACAAGCUUGAUGAAGCUCAGGAAGAAGCUGAAGCUGCGAAGAAGGUCCUAGAUCACCUGAAGGAGACAACAACUAGUACUAGCCAAGCAUCCGAUCAGGCGAACGGCGAGACGGAGCCUACCGACGGAACCGCACAAAGCCCGAAGAUGGAAGCAAAGGACGUUCGGUCAUCCUCGCCGUCGCAGGCAAAGUCACCAAAGUCAAUCUUCUCCGCGAUGAAUGCUUUUUCCCCUCGCAAUUCGACAUCCGAACGACCUACCGACAUUGUUGAAAGUGAGGAAUUCUUCUCCGUCGAGGGUGAAGUACCUCGACUCCAAGCCGAAGUCCAAGAACGGGAACAAGAAAUCGAAACCCUCAAGUCGGACAACUCGCAACUCAGCAAAGAUCUCGCGGUUGCCAAGGAGUCGGCGGAACAACUAGUCCAAAACUUAGAGACCGCCACCACCGACUUGCAGAGCUUGCGAGAUGACAAGGUCAAGUUCCAGGAAGAGAUGGAUAGCCAAUUGCGCAAUAUCCAAUCUGACGCCGAGGACCUGAAGUCGAAAUUACAGAAGGCACAGGAAGAUUUGCAAGAAAGCAAUUCCGCCAGCGAGGCACAUCAACGCCAGGUGGAUGAGUUGCAAUCUAAACUUGCGGAGUCGGAUCGAAAGCUAAAGGAGCUUCAAUCCUCCGAAUCAUCCAAACUCUCCGAAGGUUUACGAAAGGAGGAUAUAGAUCAGAUUGCACAGCUUGAGGAAGAGCUUUCUAAACUGCGGAGUGAGCAGAGUCAAUUAGAUAAGCGUAAUACGACAUUGAACAAUCUGGUCGACACCCUUCGUGGCAGGGUCAAUGACGCCGAAGCCGAAAAAUCCAAAGUCCUCGAAGACCUUGAACGAAGCAAAACGGUUGCAGAGCAAGAGUCCAAGAGCACUGGUGGGAGCGAGAAGCAAGGUCCGACCCAGACUGCCUCCAAGAAAAAUAAGAAGAAAAAGAAAGGUGGAAAGGGUACUUCAACGCCGACAGCCACUGAAUCCGGAAGCAAAGCCGAGACGUCGAGUACAGGUGCUCUGCAGCAGCAACUUGAAGAAGCGCAACAGAAGUUGGUUGAACUUGAGCAGGCUGUGUCUUCCAACGAGGAAAGAGCAGCAACAGCCGAGAAAGAAAAGGAUACGAUCCUAAAGAAGUUGAAAGACCAAGACGAUAUGCAAGAAGAGAUCGACCACCUGCGCGACGAGUUGUCCGACAUCGGUAACGAAUAUGUCGGUGCGAAGGAUGACAUCAAGAAGCUUCGAGCCGAGAAAUCCGCUCUCCAGGAGCAAAUUCAAUCCAUCGAGAAGGAACUCGCUGAGCUUAAGGUUGAGCAUUCCGCCGGCCAAAAAUCCGCUGAAAAGUCGAAAUCCUUGGCCGCCGAAUUCGAGGAUCUUCGACUGAAACGUGACACUCUGGAAACGGAUCUGAAGGCAGCGCAACAGCUCGCUGCGGCCCGGUUCAAAGACCUGACCGAGCUUCGGGAUGUCCUACAAAAAGCUCAACCGGAACUCCGAUCGUUGCGGAAAGAUGUUGCGGAACUGCGUGAAACCAAGAGUUCGUUGGGUUUGAAAAUCACGGAACUACAGAACCUGGAAGCGAAGGAGAAAGAGCUCCGGAGCGAGGUGAGCGCGUUGACCAAGCGAUUAACGUCCAAAGACACCGAGCUCCGCUCGUUGAAUGAGAAAUUGGCGCAAGCCAACUCAUCCCGCUCGGAGAUUGAAGAAACGAACCGAAAAUCGCAACGCGAGCUCCAACGCGCUCAAUCCGAGCGCACCAGCGCCAUCGACGCGCGCGACAAACAAUCCCAAACCUCCAACGGUCUCCAAGAUGACCUCAAAUCCGCCCGCGACCGCAUCACCAGCCUCGAAUCCCAAGUGUCCCACCUCACCGCCGACACGACCGCGCUUCGCGACGACAUCUCCCUCAAAACCGCCCAAUACGCCAGCGCCCAAAGCCUCAUGAACAGCCGCGAAUCCGAGUCGCACGAGCUCUCCGCGCAGAUGAAAGAGACGUCCGCACGCUGCGAUUCCCUCGAGGAGGAGCUCGCCGACGCGCACCGGCUGCUGUCCGAGCGGGCGCGCGAGGGCGAGACGAUGCGCCGGCUGCUAGCGGACGUGGAGGGGCGGGCGGAGGCGCGGGUGCGCGAGAUGAAGGCGAAGUGGGAGAUGGCGGUGGAGGAGCGCGAUCGGGCGGAGGAGCAGGCGGGGACCAUCGGGCGGCGGCGGGCGCGGGAGGUAGAGGAGCUAAAAGAGCGGGUAAGGGACGCGGAGCGGGGGAUGCGUGGCGCGGAGGAGGCGCGGGAGGCGGUAGAGAAGGCGGUGGGGUGGGAGCGGGCGACAUGGGCAGAGAAAGAAGAGCGCGCGGCGCGCGCGGCGGAGGACGUGGUGCAGGUGCGUGCGGCGAUGGCGCAGUUGCGGGAAGCGCUGGACGAGAGCGAGAGGCAGGCGGGGGUGCUGGAGCGGGAGCGCGGGGCGGCGAGGAAAAGCGCGGAGGAGGCGAGGGGGCGGUGCGAGCGGUUGCAGGGGGAGGGAAAGCGUCUGGCGGAAGAACUGAAGGCGUUGCAGGCGGUCACUUUGAAGACGAGCGGGCGGUCGUCGCGGGCGUCAGUCGAUCACGGACACGCGGGGUCGCCGUCGCCAUCGCGGGGGCGGAUCGCGUCACCGGCGGGAGGGAAGGCGGAGGCAGCGGCGAUGGACUAUGUGUAUUUGAAGAAUGUGUUCUUGCAGUUUUUGGAGCAGAAGGAUAAGAACUAUCAGAAGCAGAUGGUGCCAGUGCUUGGGAGGAUUCUGCACUUCGACGGGCAAGAUGAGCAGAAGUGGAUUGCGGCAAUCACUGCGAAAUGAGAUCCUUUGGAUGGUGGUGGAGGCGUUGAAGGGAUAGGGGGUGGUGGUGAUGGAGUACUUGGUCAUAGGGUGGUGGUGAUUGAUAGGGACUGGUACUUGUAUGACUGACAAUAGAGCAGUAUGGUUAAUACAGGCACCAUUUGUAUUAUCAAGCUCGAAUCCCCAUUUUCUCCUGAUGUCUUACAAUAUAAAUCCCAUGUACUCCGUAGACAAGGUCUUAAGGUACGUACCGAUGAUGAUGAUGAUCAUGAUCUAGUGGUGACUGUGACACGGC